AAAAGUAGUGGUCUCGUUUUUGUGUUUGUGACCGUUAUUUUAAAGCUUUAUGUUCACGAAUAAGUAGAAUAGUUAUUUUAAUUAAAGUAACUUCAAUUGAAUCGCAAGAAGCUUAAUAUACAACGAAGAUAUGGCCAAAUCAUUUUGGGUUAAUAAGUUACUGUGAUAGUUUGAUAACCUCGUUCGAUCGCCGGUCGCCGGUAUGGAGCCAAAAAGUGAAAUAUUUUCUCAGAGGCUGAUUGUGGCAGUUCUUUGGAAUAUUUGUCUUCAGACUCUUCUUGCAGUAGUAUUGGUAUUGGUUAUUCAAGUUGAUCUAUUACAUCCAUGGACAUGGGUAACGUCAACGAUUCAAGAUAUCCUUGGUUGGAAAAUGGUACUGAAUAUAAUUCUUCUAGCAUUGGUAUCAUUCUUUCAAGCCUACGUGUAUGGAAAUUAUUAUAUGAUGCCCUUACCUAAAUAUUUUACAAGAUUCUCAAUGUUUAUAAAUAUGUUCUCAGUACAGAAUAUCAUUUUCAGCAUUUUAUAUGCCCUAAGUGGUUAUUUCACCAUGAGCCUAUAUUCAUCACUGGCUAAAAGCACUUUUAACGUUUUAAAGAAACAGUGUGAACACUAUGAGGGACAGUGUUUGGUGGAACAGAGCUUAUUUCUACAGUUUGGUGGUAUGUGGAUGGGGUUAUAUUACUUCUUGAAUGUCCACAUAUUUGGUACAGCAAUAUUAAUGUUUCCACAUAUAUAUCAAGAUAAAUUCCAGCAAAUCAAGCUUGCUAUCAGUAAUAUAUUUUCAAUUGGCUUUAAGAGUUCUAUUGCACCAGUUUUAUACUUCAGUAUAUUUUAUUUCCUGUGGGGCAGUAAGCCAAGAAAUGUUGUUUCUGAUGUAUAUAGCCUGUAUUUGGAAGACCCUCCGCUUGAUAACUUACUUAACUUAAUUAGCUCUGGAAUAUGGAUCGGUUUGUGGUUUUACACAAGCUUGUUUUUUGUGUCUAUUUAUACAAUGAGAACUAUCUUCAAUAUUGUUUUAACAGAGCCAAUGAAGUUUCCCAUAGAGUCCGAUUCUAGUCUGACACUCUAUAAUGCCCUAGCUCAAAGAUCUCAAUUUAAUGGAUACCUAGGUGCACAGGACUUAAGAAUAAUGGCUAUGACAGACCCGUUGAGAAGGCAACUUAUUUUUACACUUUCCCAACCUGGUGGUCAUCCAAGGAACUGGAACAAUUUGUUGGAUAAUUGCCUCUCAUUGUUGAAAUGUUUCAUAAAGGAGUUGGAUAAUAUAAAUGGAGAUGGGAAAACUACUGAAAAUGAAAUUAAAAAUAACAUAUUAAAUGUGACACCAUAUGUCAGAAUGUAUUCUAGCAAUCUGCGCAAUAUGGCUCAGUCUCCAGAGUUACUUGAAUUGAAGGAUCACAAUAAAAAUAAAAUUGAAGACACUUUUACUGACGUUGCUAAAGAAGAAUUUUAUGUUUUCCUUAAUAAGAUAUGUCAGAAACCUGGGAUAAAUUAUUUUUUUGGUGAACUUGCAGACACAAGACUGAAAUAUUUAUUAAUGCAGGCUCAACCAGUUAUGUGGACAUGUGAAGGUUUAGCUUUCAUUGCAGCUGCAUCCUUAAAAGAAGAUAACUAUGGUAUAGUACAGACAGAUUUACCAAUUAUUUUAUCUACACUGGUGAAUCUCAAACAAAGUAUUGAUAAAUUGACAAAGCCUGGUUUGAUACAUAGAAAGCAUAUUCUAAAUGAUAUAGUGGCAAUAAAAAUUAAAACAGCUCUCAUAUCAGCUGUUAAAAGGAGUAUAUAUAAGAUUGUUAUAACUUUCUCAAAAUAUAUUCAUGAAAUUCCUUUGGACACAGAUCUUCAAAUUGCCAUACAAUCAUUUUUGUUAUGUAAAGAAGCAUGAGAGAUAAUUAAAUGAUGUUUUUACUAUAAAUGC